UUCCUGGUUCUUUUCCGGUUCUAACUCUUUGUGUUUAUUCUCGUUUAGGAAUAUUCUGCUUGAAAAUAGUAUCUUGAUGAACGCAAAAAUGGGAAGACUCCGUUCCUUUUUGCUCCGUUCCUUUUGAUAAAAUAAAAAGUUUUUAAGUAAACAGUAACCCGACGGCUUGUCAGUACACAAAGAGCUUAGCCAGAUAACGCAGCAGCUUUUGACCUCACAACGGCAGCUUUUACUGUGGAACGAUCUUACGCAAAUCUAGAAUUGAUUGAGGGCUUGACACAUAGCGAGAAUAGCGCGUAAAGGUGUGUAUAUUGCUCUUGUGUGCUGGUGAAUUGAAGGUUACGCCAGCAUGAGGCUUCACGGAUGGUUUCUACUCGUUUGCGUGCUCGUCGUAAACAAGGUUUCUGUAAAAACUGAUUACUAUGAUAAAUCAUUUUGCCAAGGUCGCCCCAUAGGGAACUAUGCCGACAAUGAGGACUGCAGAGCGUUCUAUCAGUGUUUCCAUGACAUCACAACACACGUGUCAAACCUAGCAACGGGAGUGAUGUACGAUCCUAAGCUUGGGGUCAUUAGGUUUGCAUCGGACGUGGACUGUCCGAUUAGGAAAGUUUUAAGAGAAGUAUGGUUGAAUGUGCCGGGCGGGAGUAUAUCCUCCCUGACCUCCCUUGGUCGCUAUCCCUGCUUGCCAAACGUCACAACUCUUCACGACACCUUCUGUAUCUACAGUCUACUUAAUGAAAAAAACGACUUUUAUGGCCAAAGACUUAGGGGGUACCUCAAAGCUCCAAUCUCGGGCCCCUAUGUUUUCGAGACUUCGUGUGAUGAUAGAUGCCAGGUGUGGCUGGGCGAAGCUGAGGAAAAGAGACGGAUAAUCAUCAACCAAAAUAUUGUUGGGCAAAGGGGAAAAUGGAAUGUUACUACUGACCAGAUAUCAAAGCCUGUACAUCUUAAAAAGGACCAAGUAUACUACCUUGAGGUACUCCACAAGGAAGCUACUCGUACCAGCUUCAUGUGCUUGGGGAUGCUGAUUCCUGGACAGAGUCUCUCAGAAAGACCCAUUUCAUCAAGACAUUUAGUCAUAUCCGACGACCAAAUUUUGAACCUUAAAUGCAAGACACAAGUUUCUGCCCAAGAACAGCUGAAGAAGUUAAAGAUAAAAACGGAAGAGCUCAAGAAAAAGCUGCCCCAAGCCACUGACAGCCAAAAGCAGGCGAUUACACAGGAAUUCAGCUCAAUGCUAGACCGCAUGCUCCAGGAUGAAAACGCUGGCCAGUGGGACCCAAAUAACGGCUCAGAUGCUAUGAGUAUCUCCGUGGUAACGGAAGAUUAUGGCAAGGCGCUUGCAGAGUCACUGCAUAAUGAUUCCUCACCUGUAACUGUGACGUCAUCAACAAUGGUGUUACAGGCUUCCGUGAUUCACAGCGAGCUUUACAAAUUUCCAAACAGAGGUUCCAUGCCUCUAGGCCAGCAGCUCGGCGACAAUGACCAGAUAGAAGUCAAAAUGCCAGAGCGAAAGGAUGCCAAGGUUUUCAGUGUUCUCUACAUGAACUUGAAUAAGUUUUUAUCUAUCUCUUCUUCGAGUAGACCUGGACCGGCCAGCAGAAUUAUCAGCACCUUGAUGACGUCACCUGCGCCUGCUGACAUACAGGUCAGCCUGCAUUUUAAAAUAGAGCAGACCAAUCACAGCUCAUCUGUGCCGCGGUGUUCGUGGUGGGACUCCAACUCAAGUAACGUCAAAUGGUCUAGCGAGGGGUGCUCUGUGACGUCAUACAAUACCACACAUACCACGUGCACAUGUAAUCAUCUGACGAGCUUCGCCGUGCUGAUGCAAGUAGAUCAGGGUGAAGGAAGUAAGAUGAGCGCUGUCCAUCAACAAGCACUGUCCAUCAUAACAUAUGUAGGAUGCGCACUAUCGCUGCUGGGGAUAACUCUGUCAGUCAUUAUCUUCACUUGCGUCACCGGACUUCGAUCAAAAAGAAAUAUGAUACAUUUGAACUUGGCUAUCAACGUUGGCAUUGUGCAAGUGAUCUUUCUCGCUGGGAUAGAGGCCACUUCAAAUCUGGUGGUUUGCCGCAUAGUCGCCGCCUUUCUUCACUAUUUCUGCUUGACUUCGUUUGCGUGGAUGUUGGUCGAGGGAGUAUUCCUUUACAUUAUGGUCGUCAAUGUGUUUGAGAGCCACAAAGAUCACAUGAAGGUCUAUCUUGGGUGUUCCUAUGGUAUCCCAGCAGUCAUUGUCAUCAUCUCAGCAAGCAUAGCUUACGAAGGCUACGGUACAAACUCCAUAUGCUGGCUAUCGAUUGACGGUGGAGUCAUCUACGCUUUUGUGGGACCUGCACUCACGUGUAUCUUGGUGAACACAAUCAUUCUUAUUCUGGUGAUCAAGGAAAUCAUUCAAGUGCAGAAGAAGAGCGCGACUGGUGACAAGUCCAACAUCAGCAUGAUAAGGUCAGGUGUCAAGUCCGCGUUCGUUCUCUUACCGCUACUUGGGCUCACGUGGUUGUUCGGUGUACUCGCUCUUGGAGAGGGCGCCAUAAUUAUGCAGUAUUUAUUUGCCUUAUCUAACUCAUUGCAGGGGUUCUUUAUUUUUAUUCUUCAUUGUGCACUCAAUUCUGAGGUACGAAGAGCGUUGGCGCGCAUGCGUGAGGUCUGGUUCAGUCGUCAUGGCAACCUACUAGCGAGCACCUCGUCAACACCAUCUCGACAAAAAAGCGGCCUAAGCACAACGGACAAAACAGCCAACUAUCUAACCAAGGAAACCGAUCUUGCCUCCAGGACGAGCGACCGGAAGUCAUCCUACAACCAACUCAAUGCGGACAACCGGAAGCUGAACGACUCUGGAAACGAGGCUAUGAUAAUGAGGAUGCAUGACCAUUACCCAAGAGACUCAUCGGACGAAUUUAAACAGCCAAUAACAAGGCAACUUGAAUGUAAACCGGAAGUGAAAACUGCUCAUUUGCCAAGCUCUCUAGGUAGAACAGACACUGAGGGGUGGGUUAAAGACGCUGGUUACCAUAGAAACAGCGGAGGGAAAGGUAGCCUUCCUGGGGUUGGAAAGAGAAGUAUAUCCCCGAUUGCUCCGGCACCUGGUCGACUUCCACCACUAAAGAACGCGCCGAGCGCUCAGUUGUCAAGGAGACCUCUUAGCGCUAAAUCAAAGAGUAAAAAGAUAAAAGCCAUAGUGCAGCCUUCAACAGGGGUUGCGAAUACUUAAAGAUUCAAAUGCAAAGUCGCUUCGGCAUAAUCGGUUGUUCAGUGUACAGACUCUCUUUAUAUAUAUUACUCCCCAAAUGAAUGUCACAUAUGCUCGUCUUAUUUUUAGGGUCUAAAAUUAGCCCCAAGCGCUAUUUCUUAGGGUGUUUAGAAAAUCUUCUAUCCCUAAGGGCAUCCUCCAGCCCUACCCAAGCAAACUUCUUUUCAAGUCUUGUAAGAUUUCCUGUUUUUAUACCUAUAUAAAAAUGAACGGCAGCACCCCUUUAAAUUCGCCAUGACAGAGGCCUGCUUGAUAGGUGUCUUGAGGGUGUUAAUACAAUCCAAAAAACCGA